AUGGGUUCCUGCAUGUCCAGUCCGUCUGACGGCAAGAAGAUGAAGCGCACAGACACGAACCCGGGCAAGAACAACACGGAGCUGCACCGCACCACCUCGUCCUACCAGGGCUCGGUCGCCGACGGCAUGCGCUACUCGGACCGCAACACGGGCGAGCGCGACCGUCUCACCGCCUCGCAGCUGCACAAGUCCAAGACGCUCGAAGAGAGGAUCAAGCAGGCAGAGCGCGAGAACAAGACCCGCGUAGGAUAA